AGGGCCGCGGCCUGGCGCCGAGGGGAGGCACAGGGCCGCGGGGACAAGCCGCGGCGGCACCGCCAGGCCGCGGCUCCCCGGCCCUGCCCCGGCCAGGGGGGGCGGCCCGCCCCGGCGCAGGCGGGCAGCGCCGCCACGGCCGCCCCCCCCGUGCCCGUCCCCUCCCCGGCGCGGCGGCCGGGCGGAAGCGGCUGUUGCCGGGGGAGCGCGGCGGCGCCGGGCCGGGCCGGGCCGGGCCUUCACGCGGCGGCGGGCGGCGCCGGACGGGUGUGUUGGGAAGUUCAUCAGAAGGCUCCUCGGCACAACGCCUUGUUCCUGGUCUCAGGACUCACCUGGAAGAGCUUCUCUGCGGCCUCCCUUGUUGCAGAAGCAGAGCAACAGCAGAAUGUGUGAAGGGCCAUCCAAAAUUUCUGGACCCAUUCCUCCAGACCCUACACUCUUUCCAAACUAUUACAAACGUCCUUUCUCAGCUCGAGGAAGGCUGGAAGGGAAUGCACAGAAGCUGGAUUUUACCUCUGGCCCCCUGGACCCAAUUCCUAACCCGUAUCUGACUUUGGGCAGUGCCCGCCAGGUCCAGCCAGCCCCUCGCAUUCGUCCCAGUGGAAGGGACAUUCUGGAAAGAGGGCAAAAGGGAACAGUCAGUCUCUUACUGCAGCUCGAAGGGAUCUCCCUUGACAGAGGCCUGCCAGUGAAGAGGAAAGAGUCCAAGGACCACGAGAAGGAAAAUGUGAGGCGAAUAAAGGAGAUUCAGAAGAAAUGCAAAGAGAAGGAGCGAGCCCGUGAGCACAGCCAGCCCAAGCCUGUGAAGGCUCUGUGGAAAUCCCAGAAAUAUGACAAUGUGGAGUCAAAGGUGAAGGCCAAACUUCAGGAAAGCUCUCCACCUCCAAAUCCAGAGGCCUUGAAAUUCCUGAGGGCAUAUUCUCGAUGUGGCCCUGGGAUCAAGCCAUGCAGGCCGCUGUCUCCAAGCCUUGCCAGAAUGAAAGCAGGGGCAGACACAGAAGCUCCAGAGGCACUAGGUGCCGAAGCCAAGAUCCAGGUGGAGGGCAAGAGCAUUGACUUCAUUAAACACAACGCCCGCAACGCCAAGCGGGCCCCGUUGCGGCGUUCCCAGUCAUUGCAAACCCUGGCUGAGCUGCUGGAACAGAAGCACCGGGAGCAGGAAGAGUACAACACCAAACAAAAGGGCCACGUCCCCCAGUACCUGUUGGAGAGGAAGGAGCUGUGGCGGAGACAGUUGGAGGAACAGCAGCGAAACCUGCCAGAUCCUGACACACCGCCUGGUCAUACCAUGAUGCCUGAGGGCCAGCGGCUGGAGACCCUCAGCAAUCUGAAGCAGAGCCAGGAGCAGCUGGUGAAGGACCUGGUGAUGCUUCCAGUGCGUGCGGACACCCUCAGCAUUCAGAAGAGGCGGAUGGAGCUGGAGAGAAAGCUAUCCCAGAUAGAGGAAGCCCUCAAAAUUUUCUCCAGGCCCAAGGUCUUCAUCAAACUAGACUCCUGAGCCAUUGGGUGUUGGGUGUGUUGUGCUGCUUUGUGUGAACAUCCUUCAUCGCUGGAGAAGGGCUGGUAGUCAGCUUGGGAGGGAGGAAGGCGAGUUCAGGACCCUGGGCCCAUGCAGGUGCUGAUACAUUGUCUAAUGUGCAGUCUGCAUCUCUUGCUCACCCUCCAAGAUUGUAUCUCAUCCAGGGGAAAGGGAGGGAGAUGGAUUAAUUUACUGUCUCUGCGCAGUGUGGAGAACAGUUGUUUCUGUACUGCUUGACUUCUCACAGAGAUCUGCUCUCUGUGCUCUUGAUCCGUGGGAUGGAUCUCAUCACCUCUUAUUUCCCUGUUUCUGGAAACUGGUGGGAGGUCUCCCAUGCUGCUGCCUCUGGGCCUGGUGCUCCUUGUGCCCCUUUUUCUCCUUAACUAGUCCAUGGGCAUUGCGCAUUCCUGACACCUGUACACCUGGCUGCACUUAGAGGCAGCGUGACCAGCUGCAGCCACAAAAAACCUUGUGCUGCCUGUCUGCCAUGCAUGCCCUGGUCCUCAGUGCUGACCUGUCCUGAGCACGCAGCUGCUGCCUGUACAGCCUCUGACCUGCUGGAAGUGUUCAGCAGCUCAGGGACAGCUCAAGGGAAAGGGGCGUAGCGCUCCAGUCCUUCCCUCCCGGGAAAGACCUGGGGCGGCAGCAGCGAGAUCUGUCAGGAGCCAGCCCAGCAGGGUGUCUGGAGAAACCUUCCUUGUUCAUGGGGCAGGAUGUGCUCCAAUAAAACAUCUUGUUUUCCUCCA